ACUGCUCUCUUGCAGUGCUGCUGUUAGCAUGAUCACAUGAAACAGGACGUUCUGUCCGGGACAGACUUACCUGUGGAAAGUGUGUGUUUUAAAAAAAUGAAAUACACUCUAGGAUUGAUUCAAAAACAGUGGAAAUGCAGAGUCAUUAAAAGGGUGUCAGCCAAACAAUGGACGUCAUCUUCCGAAUGAUCAAUGGAAUAGACUUUCUAUGAUGAGAAACGCUUUAAUCCCUUCUUCUUCGAAGUGGAUUAUUUCCUGUCCAUCAGUGCUGGGUUGGAUCUAGCAAUGGGGGAUAUGGUUGUAUGAUUGUGUCUCCAUCCACAUUUCUCGUGGAACCACCAACAAACAUGUCUGAGCUUCCAUCAGCUGCACUUCCAAAGAGGCCUUUGCAGGGAUCUCAGCAUGGGAUGUGUCUCCCGUUACACAGCAGUGAGCAAAGUAAAAAUGCUUUCACCUCGGAGUCCCCAUCAUCACCAUCAUCGACUUCGCUACUGUAUGAAAGAGGUGAAACGUCACCAGACUCUAUACGUAGCUUGAGUAGUCUGAGCAGUGCCAGAACAGAUAGUCCUCUGGAUGUGGACAUGCCAGAGAUGGAGAUGGGAAAAGCGAAAGCCAGCAGUGAUGAUUCAGGCAUACAGAGCCCAGAAUGCAGACCAGACUACCGUGAGGACAAUGACAAUUCUGUGUCGGUCUAUCUGGAUGCUAAUGAAGACUGUUGGAGUGACAAUGACAACCAAAAUGUCACUUUGGUGGUAACACAGAAGGUUGGUCAAAGUGAUGGUGAUGAUACAUUCUUGUGCUCUUCAGAAAAUGGGGGUGAUGAUGAUGAUGACACUGAAGAGGAAGAGGACACUUUCCUUUCUUUACCCUCAGUAGGAUUAUUAAUGAAGUGCCAAGUUGUUGUUUCUGCUCUGGAAGUCUCCACCAGCUCUGAAGUGCCAAACUGUGUUUUACCUGACAUUUCUGAAGGCCAACCAGCAGAAGUGCCUAACAUGGUUGUGGUGAAUAAAACCCAGAGGGAAGUAGUCUCUGUUGAGCUGUCCUCAGCCAUUCGAGAAACUGACAAAGUGAAUGAGACAGUGGUGUCCUCUGAAAAUACUCCCACAACAGAUACCAGAAUCACAACAUCUUCUCGCACAUCCAUCUCAAAAGCGGACAACCUGCCAAAGAAAACAGCGGAAAAGACCAGUGAUCUGGAAGGAUGUGUUCUUGCCAAGCCUCCUACAAGGGCUGUUUUGACCAAAGCCACAAAACCUGAGGCGAAGAGGUUCCCCAGGCCAGACCUGAGGAACGUGAAGGCCAAAAUCAUCUCCAGGGCUGCCUCUGCGCCAAGAUCAGCCGAUGCCGCAAAAACAAACACUAACGUUAACCAGUCCGCUUCAGGGAGUGUGAGGGUUCAUGCUAGUAGGAAGGUGGAAAAUAAAGCUGUUGGACAAAACAGCAUAUCAUCAUCAAACCAUAAAAGAGAGAAUGAAACAAUGAUGGUGGACAAUGGCAGUCAAGAGAAAGACGUGAACACUUUAUCCUUGCCAACACAAGGGGAAGAAACAAUGAAGUCAGAAUGUCCUCCUUCAAUUGAUUUUAAAGAAGGAGAACUUCAACUUGAGAAAGAAGCAGGGGAAGAAAACUCUAAAAGCACCAGCAAGACUGUGUCUUCCAAGUUGGGACCAUCUCUGGGGACUAAUAAGACAUCCACCUCUGGACCCCCAGAAACCAGACUGAAGCCCUCUAACCGAGAAACCCGACCCACAGGUAGUCUGGGUCCACUGGGAGGCCGAGCGGUUCAGCCGGCUGGUAUUCCCAGGAUGCGAAGCACAGACAGGACCGCAGUGCCCUGCAGCCCCUCUUCUGUUUCCAGCCCAUCUUGUAAGGGUCCUCAGAAAGCUGCCUCUUCCAAACUGCCUGUCAAAGGCCUACCCACAAGCCCCAGCUCCUCAUCACUGGGAAGUACAGUCAGCGAAAGCAACAAUAUUGCUGUAAACAAAGUUCUGGCUGAAGGGAUAAAGAUUGAGGAUAAGUCUAUCAAACAAUCACCGCCAUUCCAGAUUCAAGGAAAGUCUGUAGUUAACAAACCUGUAUCAGGUCACCGCAACAGAGCAAGCUCCACGCCGUCUAAACCAGUGACAGGGCUGAAGGCCCCGGCUGUGACCAGCCACAUUACAGCUAAGACUAACCAGAAUCCUUUGCAACGCAGUGGAUCUGCACGAUUUAUUCGCUCAUCAUCAGUAGCAGUGGACAAGAGCUCCAAGGGGCCCAAAGCUGCAGGGGCAACAGCUGGACGGACACAGCAGCACAGCCCGGCUAGUCAAGGAGGAGUGACGGAGGAAGAGGACGGGAGAGGUCUUCGUCUUCAAAAUGAGAAGAAGAGCCAAUGCAUCCUGCACCUCCGUAAACUCAUCGCUGAUGGCAAUCGCCGCCUGGAGGCUCUCGCCCUGGUUGUGCAGCACAUCUUCAGUGAGCGUGAGGCGGCAAUCAAACAGAGGGAAGAAUUUUGCAUCCAAAUCAACAAACUGCAAGAGCAAUUGGGUAACUCUGUCUCGUGUUGUGAGCAGUUGGAGAGAGAGAAGGAAGAGGUGCGUGCAUCUUUAGAGGCAUUGUUUCAGAAACUACAGGAGCAGCAUCAGAAAGAACUACAGCAGCUGGAGGAAAGACUGAAGGACUUCUACUCUGCAGAAUGGGACAAGACCCACGUGGCCUAUCAAAGGGAGGCGGAUAAAUGCAGGGCCUUCAUGCAGCAGCAGGUGGAGGAUGCGAGGAACAAACAAGAAGCACUGAGGAGCCAACAGGAAGUGGCACACACUCAGCAGAUAUCAACACUGAAACAGGAACAUGAGACGUCACUUGCAGAGCUCAGGAAGAUUCAUGAAUUGGACAUGCAAGACCUUGAUAAAACACUCAAAGAGUCUGAAGCCAUGCUCAAUGAGGAAAUUCAGUCUUUGACAGCAGAAAACGAGGCUUUGAAAGAAAGAAUCAGAGAAGAGGAGGAAUGGAGAAGAGCUCUGGCAGACAAAAGCCUGAAGGACGCCCACACGCUGUAUUUGGAACAGGAGCUAGAGAGUCUCCGAGCCGUGCUGGAAAUAAAGACCAACCAGAUACACCAGCAAGACAAGAAACUCAUGCAGAUGGACAAACUGGUUGACGAUAAUUUGAAACUAGAAGAGUGUUUAAAGAAAGUCCAGCAGGAGAACGAGGACUACAAGGCUAGGAUGGACAAACAUGCUGCACUUUCAAAGCAGCUCUCCACAGAGCAGGCCAUGCUUCAGCAGACCCUACAGAAAGAGUCAAAGGUCAACAAACGGCUAUCUAUGGAGAACGAGGAGUUGCUGUGGAAACUACACAACGGGGACCUUUGCAGCCCUCGACGUCUCUCCCCCUCGCCCCCCUUCCACUCGCCCCAAAUCUCUGCCUCCUUCUCCACAACUCCAGUAUCACCCAGAUAACAUCUGAACUCUGACCACACUCACCCAGAGGCACCUAUGGACCUUUUGACCAUUUCUAUUCCUAUAAUAGGACUUGUACAGUUUGUAAAGACUUGUAAAGUUUAUAAAUGUUCCCUCUACAGUGAAAGACAAUGAUGCACAGUUGCACUUCUUGAUCAAGGAAUUGCCUUGUUUAGUUACAUGAUUAUUUGUUAUUUAAUGUCGGUCUCUCCCUCACUUUUUUUUUUCCUUUAAUCUCAAACAUAUACCGAAUUUUCUCUGAGGAGGGAACAUACCUCAGGGAUUGUACAAAGAGUAUCUCUUCCUUGGACUGCCAUUUUCUGUUACUUUUAUCCUUUUUUAUUAAAAUGGUCUGUGCAUAGUAAGUAAAAGAUGUAAAGCUGUCCUUUUGUUUGUAUGUUCACGAUAACAAUAUAUGAUAUGUGCAAAAAGGAUGGAAAACAGAAGCCCUCUUUUCACUUAGAUUGACUUUUAUUGAUUGUUUAGAGCAUUUAUAAAGAAAAGAAAAAAGUAAAUUCAGGAAAGAAGCUUAAAUCUCAAGCUCACUGUGUAAAUGGAGCGCAUAUACAGUAGAUCCAGAUCUCUGCUCCUAAUAUUGUGGAAUGUAUUAACUUCUCUCCCAAACUGUGUCCAGUGGCCCUCACAUCCAGGACGCUUUAGGUGUGAGUGUGUCCUCAACCGCAGUGCCCUUCUUUGCUUUAUGUUAUUUUUUAAGGUUUAUCCUAUUUUGAACUGUUUAUUUUGAUACAAACACAAAUAAUAAAUUAAUAAACAGUUUUAUUUAAAAUAAA